UCAAGUCAGAAUCGCACCACGAAGCACAACACAAGCAAUAUUUAAGCGGUUGCCAGUAAAUAAAUACCAUCAGAAUUGAACCCAUACAUUUCUAGUCUCUCCUUUCAAACAACAAAUAUAUUUUCAAUUUUUUUUGGGACUCUCAUCUCAUUCAAUUCUUGAGAUUAAAGAGAAAGAAGGCGAAAAACAGGAUUUUGCUGUAGAUUGUUGAAAGUUUAUUUUUUUCCGAUUAAGGUGAGAAUGGAAGCCGUAGUACCACAAACUGUACAGUUUACCAAUUGGAUUUCCUCUGAGAAGGUUACGAGGAGACCAGGCUGGUCGUUCCCGGUUUCUCAGACUCUGAAGGACCGGCAAAAGUUUCCGGUGCUUGUUUCAGCUCGAUUUCCGGCUAACGGAGCGUCGAAUCGGCGUAGAAAUGUGGAUAUGGAGGUUUGGUGCUCAUACAAGAGCUCUCCAGGUUCAGUUGUGGAAUCUGGAAACUAUCAGGCUCCAUUUGAUGAAGCUCAACAGUUGAAGAUUAAGUCAGAAAAGGUUAAGCCAUGUUUAAUGGGGCGCUGUAUUUAUCUAGUGGGAAUGAUGGGCUCUGGGAAAACAACUGUAGGAAAGAUUUUGUCACAAGAGCUUGGAUAUGCCUUUCGUGAUUGUGACACUUUGAUAGAGGAAGAAGCUGAACUUUCUGUGGCUGAAAUUUUUAAGCUUAAGGAUGGAGAGAGCCAAUUUAGAAGAAAGGAGAUGGAAGUACUGCAGGAACUCUCAUGUGAGCAUAGUAAAGUUGUUUCUACUGGUGGAGGUGCAGUUGUUCGAAAUGUCAACUGGAAAUAUAUGCAGAAAGGUAUAACUGUCUGGCUAGAUGUGCCUUUGGAUGCAUUGGCUCAAAGAACUUCUGCUGAUGGAACUAGUUCACGUCCCCUCUUGCCUAAUAAAUCAGGCGAUAUAUACUCCGAGACUUUCAUGUGCCUGUCUAAUCUUUUACAACAGAGGCGUAAAUUAUAUGCCAAAGCCAAUGCAAGGGUUUCUUUGGAAGAUAUUGUAGCCAAAUUAGGUCAAACAGAUGUGUCUAAUCUCACCGCCACUACCAUUGCAAUUGAGGCGCUCGAACAAAUUGAGGUCUUUUUGAAGAAGGAAGUUGAGGAUUUUUUGAAAAAGAAGAAAGAACAUGAUGAAUUUUUGAAACGUAUAGUUUUGACAUGCGUUAUUUUUUAUUGUGUUCAAUUAUUUUUCUUUUGUUCCUGCUUAGCUUUUUUUUUUUAGUAAAAACAUGGCUGUGUUAUCAAUUUUUUGUGAGGGAGCAUAGCUUGUUGUAUGCAUGUAACUGUAUUAAUGGUGUCCAACAAGUGUUACAUAUAAUAAAAUGAUUGUAAGAUUCCAAUUGUAAUGUUGAAGGUAUUUCUGUAAUAAACCGAAUGAUCUUGCAAGUGUAUUACAUAAUUUUUUGAUUAA